AUGGCACUUCAUAGCCAAAAAGUCCUUGUCCAUCUGCUUCCCAAAUCGAAAAACCCUCAAUGCUGUCUGUCUGUUCCACUGUUUAACCAAAAGAAGCGGAGCAGAUUGCCACUGACGUCCAAUCCCUCCGAGAGUGAAGUGUUUUCCGGAUACGAGAAGAGAGACAUGCUGAGCUUCACUUCAGCCAUCCAUCCAUCCAACACCGGGAACAGUCAGCCAUCUACAAACCGAGUACCUCUGAUUCAGUGGAACCAGCAAGCCACCCCACUACCUCAACAAAGCAAAGGGUGGCCCACUGCAUCACCUGCUUCAACAGGAAGAGGAUACACACCUACACCUUGCCCACAGAAGCGCACCUAUGCUUGGUCCCAGGCAGGGCCACAGAGACCUCCAGGCAGACAGGAUUCCAUGGCAACAGCCCCAGGCUUCAAGCAGGAUGGAUUUACAAGUGGGAGUCCAGCCACUCAAUUCCAGAAUAAAACUUUCAGUGCCAAGCAACCCAUGCAGCAGCAGUCAUUUACCCGAAACUUCAAUCCAGCCAGAGGUUCCUUCACACCUUCAGAUCUCACAGCAGGCAGUCAGAGACCUGCAGCUCAGAGUCAGAGCUCACAGUGGAAGAUCAAAUCUGGCAGACCUGGAGGGGGAACGUGGGUUGAGGACACUUUUGGUGCUUUAGGAAAUGAGCACAGUACACAGUGGCAGGAAAAAGCACCACCCAAAAAAACACUGCGAAUCCUCACCGCCGUUAUAGAGGGAAUGAAAUACUGGAGCCAGUUUAAGGACAAAAUUCCCAUGAUGUUUGAGGUUUUUGCCACUCUCGAUUCAGCAGUUACAAUAGGAAGAUUUGGUGCCAAGAACUUCCUUAUGAGGGAUGGAAAAGACACAGUGCCGUGUGUGUACUAUGAAAACGAUCAGGUGCUGCCGAGGCUGAUCCGGGGUCAGGUCCAUCGCUGUGUGGGGAAUUACGACAGACAGAAAAAUGUUUUCACCUGCGUGUCAGUGCGGGCCGCCUCCCUGUCAGAGCAGAGAAAUGCUCAAGAGGUUGUGAAGGCAUCAGAUGCUGAGAUGAGAAACGAGGUCCAGGCUCUCUCUGAAAUGUGAUGCGAAUGGACAGAGCAAGAAUGUUUUAUUGUUUCGAAGGUGUGUUUCGUUUUCAUAAACUAUAAAUGCGUAAAGCAAUGCUGAUAAAUCAAUUUGACCGUUUAUGUGCAUUUUCUGUCAGUUUAACACUCGGUCAGUUCAGAAGACAAAUAAAAAGUCAUCUUCCUUUGUUAAUGAAACAUUUUAUUACAAAGAGAAAAACACACAACAGCAAGUCUUGUUAAGGGUCAGGAGAUAAACAAACACAGUUAUGAGGUAAUAUCUCAAAAUAGAUCUUCCAAAAGGGGAUCAACCUUUUUUCUUUUUCUUUUCUUUUUUUUUUUUUUUUUUAGCAUGAACAUCCAUUGUACAUAAUUAUUUACAGCCAAAACCACACAAUGGAAAACCUAAAAUACAACCGAUUUACAGAAUCAGAGAUCAGACCUUACACACAUAAUUACAGACGAAAGGUAUCACUUUACCGAAGAUUAUUACAUUAACAGCGUCAUCUGAGUGCGUUUUGGGAACGUAUUCAAGAGCACAUACAUCUCUUUAUCCUCAUCGGUGCUUAUCACGUGUUGUGUUAUUUAAACAAAAGAAAAUGAAGAACUUUGAAUGUUUACACUUGCUCACAGUUUGGGAUAGAAUUUGUUUAACUUUUUGGAUUGAAAAUGCCACUGCAUGCUUUAUCACAUUAAUAAA